AACGACAAUGCACUCUCUGUUUUAAUAAAUUUGUUUGCGAUAAAACAACGUUUAAUCGAUGGCAUUUUAUUGCUUGAGUUAAAUUUGUAACUAUGUGUAUUUACAAAUCUCGGAUAAAUAAUUAAUUGCCAAUUGUAUAUACUGAUAAUACAACUGCAUUGUUAAGAUACAGCGUUUACUCUUGAUUGUUAAAUUACAGUGUGAUAUUGAGGAAUAUGCUUAACAAAGCAGUGACAGUGUUUGCGGUGGCGUGCCUUUGCGCCUAUGCGUCUGUUUGUCUUUCCGCCUGUGCGCCCGGGGCCGCGUGUCCGGGGGCUGUCGUCGACCUCACCCAGGCUAUUGUGGGCACUAACGUUCGGGUUCGGCCAGGACGACACGUGUGCACGUCAGAGCAGGUGGUAUCGAGGCCCGUCAAGGUCCAGGAAACUUACAGGAGACCCAUCUACACACCUCGAUCUCGGGAUUGUAAUAACUCUCCAACCAACUGUCCACAAUUUGAUGUGGCGUACGAAAUGGCAAACAGGACGGUCCUAAAGUUACAGAGGAGUUCUAGCUUCACCCACAGCUGUUGUCCGGGUUGGGGUCAGAACCAGCAACAACGCAAGGGAUGCAUGGCACCCAUCUGCACGAAUGGUUGUGGGCAGUUUGGUGUUUGCCUGAAACCGGAAAUGUGCUCGUGUCGCCAAGGUUACACUGGAAGUAUGUGCGACACAGAUAUUGACGAGUGUCAGAGCGCGGACAACGGAUGCCAUCAGAUAUGUAAGAAUACAGCCGGAAGUUACAUGUGCGCGUGCCAACAAGGAUUCAUUCUGCAGGCGGACGGCAGAACAUGCACAUACUGUUUCACGUGUCAGCAGGAAUACCAGGCUCUGUUGUCUAGCGUGGCCCUCCUACAACAAGAGUUCAAGGCAAACGUUCACACGCAGACAGAGUUGUUGGCCAACCAGUCAGUGCUCUCGGAAGAGAUCGCCUCCCUGAAAGAUGACCUCGACAAUGUUACAGCAGAAAAUUUGAUUUUGAAAUCCCAGCUCGAGGAUUUGCAAUCAAACUAUAAUGAAACACUUCUGGAGUUAGAACGACUUCAAAACAUUACAUCAGAAAUAGCUACUUCAAAAUCAGACAAAACUUCGCAAAAACCACAAACUUCAACAUAUUUUACAUCUCUUAGCACUACUACAAAAACAACAACUUUACCACCACCAACAACAACAUCAUCACCACAAACAACAACACCAAUGCAGACCACAGAAGAGCCAGGACUGCAGUUUGAUAUUUCAAACAUUAUUUACUCGCUUAGCAACCAGAUCGGUAUGCUGGAAGAAAAACUAGAAUUGUGCAAGUGUUACCCCCCGGAACCCUACGGAUGAGAAUUGGACGAUUACAGGGAAAUGUUAAAUGUUUUAAGUUCUGCUUAUAUCUAUUAUUAUAUUGCUCUAAUGGGUUAGAUUGGUAUUCAUUUAACGGUCGAGGUAUAUAGCUUACUAUAUUGUAUCGAACAAUAAAUGUGUCAACAUAUAGCUACUCUGACAUUGUUGCCAGAGUUGGAUUUUCCAUGUUUGUAAAGGAACAUUCCUAAUCGAACUGUGACUGCUAUUUAUAUACAUUUAUAUACAUUGGAUGUGUUGUGUGCUUCCGAUAGGAACUAUAUUUAGAAUCUGGAAAAAUAAGGAAACGGAAAGCAAAUCAACGAUUUAUCAACCCUCUUGUGAAGCUUCAACUGACACGGCCUAACUGUAUAUGCUUAUAUAACAAUGUGUCAUUUAAUAAACGACGCAAAUCACAUUUAAACGUGCCUACUCAAUUCGAUAUGCAAUAAUUUUAAUCGUGUCUGUGUAGAAAAAUGCAAGUUUUGAUACGAACGCUUCUAUAUUGUACCCAAAAUAUAAAAAAAUAACAAAAAAACUUUUUUUUGAAGCUAUGUUGCCUUAAACGACGCAAACACCUGUACUUAUGUGUCUCUGACCUCUCCCGGGCGACUGAUACAGUUAUAAUUAAUAAAAAUCCGUUGUCGUUUUUGCUUUAACGAAAAAUUAAAUUUCGAUUUAUA